AUGAAUGAGUCUGUGAGUAGAAAGCCAGCAGUCACAGCGGGGAAUACAGCGGAAUCAUCAUUUGCAAUACCUGUAACCUCAACAGAGAAAACAAGAGAAUCUACAACUUCAGCGGAGAAAACAAAUGCAGUAAAUACAAACUUAACAGAGAGGACAAACGAAACAACCGCAACGAAACCUACAGUAUCCACAACCACUGAACUUACAAGUUCGACAACGCUAAAACCCGAAUUAACAUCAGUAAUCGAGCUUACAGAGAGAGCAACUAAAUCAGUAGAUGAGACUGAACUUUCAACCCCUACGCAGAGGACAACUCAAUCUUCUUCAGUUUCCACAGACAGGACUAGUAAACCAUGGCCUACAACUAAAUCUACUGUCUUGACAGAAAACACGACUGAAGCAGUUACAGCUGAACCUGCAACCUCAAUAGAAGUGACGAGUAAAAGAGUUACAAAUGAACCUACAUCCUUGACUGAAACAUUAUCAACUGAAUUUUUGAUAUUGACAAAAACGGCUACUGAUUCUGCAUCUACCGCUAAACCUACAGCAUCGACAGAGAGGAUAUCUGAAUCAUCAGUUGGAACUAACGGAGUCUUUACAGAGAAUACAACUGAAACCGUUACAGCUGAACCUACAAUUUCACUAGAAACGACACGCGUAUCAGUUCCAAAGGAAUCCACAUUACCUACAGAGAGCGCAACUGAAUCGACACCUACAGUUUCAACAGAGGGGAAGACUGAAAUAGCUACAACUGGAUCUACACCUUCGUCAAAGAAGGCAGCUGAAACAACUACCAAAGAAUAUUUAACAUCGAUAGAGAGUAUAACUGAAUCAACUACUACAAUCAUAUCUAAAAUUUCGACAGAAAAAUCUACUGGAAUGACAGAACCUACAGCAUUGAUAACUGAGGCAGGUACAAGUGAAGUUAGAACUUCCACAGUGCCCACAGAAGAAUUAACAUCAACCCCUGAAUCCACACACUCGGCAGAGAGGACGACCGAAACAGCUAUGGCUGAGCUUACAAUAUCGACAGAGGAGAUAGCACCUAAAUCCACAGCCACACCUGUGACUAUAAACUCGACAGAAAGUGUAGUGGAAUCAACAGAAAGAACUGAACAGAAGGGAGCUGAAUCAACAUCCAGUGUAUCCUCAAUCUCGACAGAUAUGAUUGAAUCAACAGCUAGACCUGAACCUGCAACCUCGACAGAGAGGAUAUAUGAAUCAUCUACUAUAACUGAAACUACUUUCUUGACAGAGAGUACGACCAAAAAAAUUACAGUUAAACCUACAGCCUCACCAGAAACUACAAGUGAAGCAGUUACAAACGAACCAACAGCUUCAACGGAGAGGGUAACAGCUACAGUUAAAUCUACAAUUUCGACAGAAAGGAUGACUAAAGCUAAAAUCUCCACAGUGCUCACAGAAAAAUCAGCAGCAACACCUGAGUCUACAAUCUCGACAGAGAGGACGACUGAAACAGCUACAACUAAGUCUACAGCAUCGACCGAGAAGGCGAUUGAAUCAACAUUUACAACUAAGCCUACGAUCCUGUCUACAGCUACAAUCGAACGUGCAGCCUCACCAGAGAUAAGCAAAUCCACAGCUACUGCUGAGCUUACAAGCGCGAUAGAAAUGAUAACUGAAACAACUAAACAUGAAACCUCGGCGGUGAAAACAACCGAAUCAACGACAACAGGCGUGCCAACCAAAAUAUCAUUAUCCGCAACAUCGACGGAAGAAAUAACCGCAGAGGCAAAAGGCAAGUCAACUCCACAUAAGAUAUUAAGUAUCCACUCGAAUGCUACUCAGACUUCUGGUUUAGCUGUAUUCUUCCACGCAAAUUGUCACUUACCUUCACAGCUGGAUAACAUUAGCAAGUUGGCUGGCUGUGUGGGUGUCAACAUAUGCUAUGUGAUGGUAGUUUACUGGCACCAUGUAUUCAGUGUAGGGCUGACCAUGGCAUUGAAAGCCAACACCAUUUUUUCCAUCUGUGUGCAUGUUUUGUAG